UUAUUUUUGCCUGUUAGAUUCAUGCCUAACAUUACCAAGGAAUGGAAGUUGUUUCAUGUACAAAGUACUCAGCUCUUGCUCUUAAAAUAGCUUCUUAAGAUGCAAGGGUUAAGAUUUGCUACACUGAUCAGAUGUCUAGGACUGAGUGCUCUUUGUGGAUAGUGGAAGGAACUUGUUGCCAAAGGAAUGGAGAAGUAUAGUUAAGAAAGCAGUUUUGUUAUGUUUUGUAGGACUCAAUUAUCAUGUUGAGAACGUUGGACUAGUAGUAAUAUCUAACGGUAUUUAGUUUAACUCUCUUAAUAUUUUUAGACCACAUUGACAUCUAUUAUUUGCUGACUUAAGGCCGUAUUUAACUUUUUUAAAUCUCCUGUAAUUUUAUAGGAGAUGAUAUAAACUAAAUUACCAGGUAUUUGAAUAUUGUGCUCUAUUCUUCUGAACUUUGUCAUUCCCUAAAAGUGAGAGUUAGAUUCGUACUUUCAGAUUAUAUUGGAACUAUUAAAUGUAAAUGUAGUUAUCUUUAUUCUUUCCUUGUUUCAAUCCAAAACACUUUCACUUACAUAGUUUUCAUAGUGCAUUCAUCUGUUCCAAAAUCCUUAUCUUCUUGCCUUUUGAAUGAAGUAUAAAUUUUAUUUUCUGCCAUUCAAGGUCUUUCAUUAAGGGGAACCAACUAAUCUUUUGAGUCUUGCUUCAUGCUGUUUCACUUCAUGUUCUAACGCCUUUGUCCACCUUGGCCCCUUCCUGGGAAUGAAUCUAUAUCUCUUUUCAUUCUUUUCCUUCCAAUUUUUGCCUGUUGAAAUACUCCACUUCCUUCAAUACCCAACUUUGAUGAUAGUUACUUAAUAUAGCCUUCUCUUAUUUCUGUCUCUCAGACCCCAGGCUAGACAUGAUCUUUUCCAAAAUUUCUCAUAGUAUUUUGUUUGUACAUCUCCACACUUAUCACAGUAUAUUUUGUAUUAUAGUCAUUUGUAUACAUAACUUAUCACUCUCAUUUGAUUACAAGCUCCUUGAAGACAAGGACACUGUUUCAUUGUAUCUCCAUAUCCUAGCAGUUUGUUUAUAGGGCUUAAUAAAAGUUUGUAGAAUUGAUGCAAUAGGAUUAUGGGUAGUUUCAUUUAAUUAAUCAGAUGUUUUCUUAAAAUUGAAAUUUUAAAAAAAUAUGUAAAACAAAAAAUUUCCCCCUUGGCUUGAAUCAAAAUUUAAGAAAUUGGCUUCAAGAGAGAAACAAAGGUUCCUAAGCCAGAAAUUUUUUCUUGCUGCCUAAUCAAAAUGUCCUCUCAUUGACAGGUUUUAGCAAGUCUCACUAAUAGUCAGAUAUAAGGAAAAUGUCCAUUGAGUAAGAAAAGAUUGGGGUUUAGGAUGAGAAGCCAUCAGACACUCUAACUUAAUAUCCUAGAACCAUGGUGGUGAACCUCUGGUAUGCAUAUCAUAGGGGGCCCUCAGAGCCUUGUCUGUGGGCAAGUGUGCCAAAAUAAGAGUUUAUCAGAGUCUGUUACAAGCCAGAGGGAUGCAGGGCCAGGCUGCUCCCCUCCCCCUCUCCACACAUGCCUGAGGACAUUUCUCACCUCACCAGUCCCUCUAAAAGGUUCCUCAUCACUGCCCUAGACUCCAGCUAUUUGUAUAGAAUAAGUUUCCCAUAAGAUUUCUUCACAUUGUUAUUUUAUAAGUAGUGAAUCUUUUUUAUUUUGGGCAAGUGAACUCUCCAGGCAAAGCAGGAAGCCAGGAUAUCACAGCAUGGAUCAGUCUAGGUCUAGUUCAGGUGGAGGUAGUGAACAGGCCUCUUCUCAAGACCACCGUCACAGUGAAGAUGAGCGAAGAUGGCAGCAAGAGCGCCUCAGCAGGGAAGAGGCCUAUUACCAGUUCAUUAAUGAACUCAAUGAUGAAGAUUAUAGGUUAAUGAGAGACCACAAUCUCCUAGGCACCCCUGGAGAAAUAACAUCAGAAGAGCUACAGCAGCGACUGGAUGGAGCCAAGGAGCAUCUAGCAUCCCAGCCUGACUUGGAGAAUAGACAAACUGAGGGAGGAACUUUGGGAGAUGCAGAAAUCCCUAGGGACAGUUCAAAUGGAGACUCUUUGUUAGAAUGGCUGAACACUUUCCGUCGGACAGGGAAUGCAACUCGAAGUGGACAGAGUGGGAACCAAACUUGGAGGGCUGUGAGUCGAACAAAUCCGAAUAGUGGAGAGUUUCGGUUCAGUCUGGAAAUUAAUAUAAAUCAUGAAAACAAUGGAUUUGAAGCUCCUAGUGACGAAUACGCAAGUGUUUCCCAUUCUCAUGCCAGCAGAAAUCAUCCUGGAAAUGGACACCAAAGAGCAGUUAGUCCUGUGGCCAGGAGAACAAGGAGCCAGACCUCAGUGACUCUGAAUGAUGACAGUCUCAAUGUCCCAAGGACUAGAAUGGCAAGAAGUUCAAGGAGGCGGAAUUCAGUAGAAAUGUCUUUUUCUAUGUUGGGAAGGGUGAGGAGCAGAAAUAGGGGGUCAGUAAGUGUUUCUAGAACAAAUUCGGUAAAUGAUAAUCUGAGUGGUCAUACAAGCCCCCAAGGCACUAGUGAAUCCAACAUUAGAGAAGGGUUAGCUGCAUCUUCACAGCUCCAGGGAAACAGGGGUAGAACUCCCAUUCCCACAAGGAGUGCAAGCCAAAGACAAGAGCCAGGAAACUUAGAGUCUGCUGUAAAUAGUCGUAGCCGGUCACCAGUUCAAAGACAGAGUAAUGCUGUGGAUUCUGAAGAACAUAGGGAAAAUAGACCGUUACAGCAAACAUUUAGAAGAUCAGUUAGGAGGAGACAUGUAGCUCGUGUCUAUUUAGAGCCAGCUGGGGAACACAGAAGUUCUACCCACACCCCACUGUCUAAUUCAGGACUACUGUCAAGAAUUACAGUGGAAGGGGAAGAAUCCAUUAGGCCCACAGCUGCUGUGAGGCGGCAUCCAACUAUCACACUGGACCUUCAGGUUCGAAGGAUUCGUCCUGGAGAAAAUAGAGAUCGGGAUAGUAUUGCAAAUAGAACUCGCUCUAGAGUAGGAUUGGCAGAAAACACAGUCACCUUCGAGAGCAAUAGUGGGGGGUUUCGUCGAACCAUUUCUCGCUCAGAACGUGCUGGCAUUCGAACCUAUGUCAGCACCAUAAGGAUUCCACUCCGUAGGAUUUCAGAGAACGGACUUGGUGAGCCAUCAUCAGUGGCUUUACGGUCAAUUUUAAGGCAGAUCAUGACUGGAUUUGGGGAACUGAGUUCUCUGAUGGAGACUGAAUCUGAAUCUGAAUUUCAGAGGAGUGGGCAACAUUUAAGAGAGAUGCAUUCAGAGGUGAGUAAUUCACAUGCAGUUGAUGGCAGUCAACAAAAUGAAGUAUCUUUUCAAGAGAGGCAGGUCCAAGAAGGCAGCAUUGAAAUGAGUGAUGAAAAUGAGAGGACCCAAUCUAAUAACCGCAACAGUGAAAAUAGAGAAAACAGGCAAUCUCAAGAUGCAAACAAUUUAGUUGAAAGUGGGACACUACCUAUUCUUCGUCUUGCCCAUUUCUUUUUAUUAAAUGAGGAUGAUGAUGAUGAGCACUUUAGGGGCUUAACCAAAGAGCAGAUUGACAAUCUUUCUACACGGAACUUUGGAAAUAUUGAGAGUGAACUAAGUAAAACCUGUAGCGUUUGUAUCAAUGAAUAUGUAACAGGAAAUAAGCUUAGGCAAUUACCUUGCAUGCAUGAGUUUCAUAUUCAUUGUAUUGAUCGCUGGCUAUCUGAGAAUUGUACUUGUCCUAUUUGUCGGCAGCCUGUUUUAGGAUCCAAUAUAGCAGACAAUGGAUAAAAUAAUGGAAAUUGCUUUCAUAAUUACAUUUUAUCAUAGUUUAGUAUCUGUUUAAGCAUUCAUUUUUUUAGCCUAUUUGUGAUGAGCCAACUGGGAUGAAUAAUAAUUUAGAUAAUGAUUUGGGCUAUUUUCUUUAAAAAAAAAUUUGUUUGAAGAGGUAGGAAAUUUGCAUAAAUUUUAAAAUGCAAAUGAUAAAUUACUUUACAAAGUUUAGAACUAUUAAUAUUGCUAGAACCAAAUAAUCUUUAAUAUGUUUUUAUUUUGUUAUGCUAAGCACUUUCAUAUAUGUAGAACAUAGGAUAAAAUCAAUUUGCUUAUUGUUAACAAUGCAACAGACUUUAUUUAGAAUUCAAAUUUUCACAGACUCAGUACUGUGUCAAGAAAUUGGUGUCUAAAUAGUCACUCAUUAGCUUUUUGUUCUAAGAACAAUUUCUUUUCAUAAAAGAAUCUUUUGCUGGAUGUUUGAUAAAAGUAUUUAAGUUACUUGAAAUGUUCAAUUUAAUAUGCAAUAUACUAUAUACAUAAAUAUAUCUAUUUUUAAGAUUGAAAUGUCCAGUCUGAAAACUACCAGUUUGGUUCUAUUUAAACUUUUUGGAAAUUUUUGCAUGUGGUUUUACACAAUGCUUAAUGUUGAUAAGUUCAUCUUGGAAAGUGGGUGGAUUAAGGUGACAUUUAAAAAUAUAUACAGUUCAGUACAAUGUUUCUGACAAUCUGAAUCUCAGUAGGCAGCAAGCAAUCUAUUAUAGUAAACAAGUAUUUCUUUAUAGUAUGUUUGAACUUGAAACAGAUAUCGAUUCAGAAAUGGAACAUGAAAAUUUUAGGAUAUCUAGAUUACUUUUAACUUUGGUUCAACUUGGUUUUUACUUCAUUAUUUUGAAAAUGCAAAGACCUCUUGGAUUAUAAAAUAAUGUAUACAAUAUGCACGGUUUCUCAAACUUAUAUAAAAAAGUUUUUUUGAAAGGAUACCAUUUCUGUACUGAAUAAAAUGUAUAGGUAACAAAGUGAGUCCUCUUUGAGGCAUAAUAAAAUAACUAUAAUAAAGAAAAUGUAGACUUUAUAUGAACACCAAAAGUCAUGUAUUUAAAAAAAAACUUUCUAUUUCUACAAUAAACAUUAAUGCAAA